CUGACCAGUAGAUAUUUUGUAAUAUAAUUAAUUACUAAUUAUAAAAAUGACAGUUGAACAAGAGAUUGUGACAGAACAAGCACAGGUCACGCCUGAGCAGCUCCAACAGACAACAGAACAAGGUCUAACUAAAGAUCUUCCAACUUCCGAUACUCAAACAGGGGAUGGUAAUCCUGCAGAAUCCCCUGAAGAAGGGACAGAUUGUGAUAAGUCCACUAAUAAUGAGCCGACAUCUGCAGAUAAGUCCCCUAGUAAUGGGGAUACGAGUGCAGAAUCCCCCGAUUCAGACCCCAAAACCGCAAAUGGUGAUGGGGAACAAAAAACCAAUGGUGAGGCGAAAGCUUCCGGUUAUAAUAUCAAUGAGUUUUUGAAUACCAUGCCAUAUCAGGAAUUGACGCAAAAACAAAGCGUUAUUUGUGAUGAAGAGAAAGGCAUCAGGUGUUCACCUCUUAUUAAAGAUGGAAAACUCCUUGAGUUCAUGUAUGAAGAUUCCAGAACCUGCCAUGAAGCCUUUCUCAGAGGGUUGAGGGUGUCUAACAAUGGAAACUGUCUUGGAUACAGACCUGGACCAGACCAGCCCUACAAGUGGUUCUCUUAUCAAGAGGUUCUCGACCGUUCCCAAAGGAUUGGAUCCGGUUUAAUUGCUAAAGGUGCAGAGGCAAAGUCGAGCCAAUUCAUCGGAAUUUUCUCACAAAAUCGUGUCGAAUGGACGGUCACUGAGCAAGCGUGCAACUGUUAUUCAAUGGUCAUCGUGCCGCUGUACGAUACACUCGGACCUCAAGCGAUGAGAUAUAUUGUACACAAAUGCGAUCUUGACAUUGUCGUUGUUGACAAAAACGUGAAAGCGAUGAGUCUUCUCAACGAUGCAGAGAUCGAGCUCAAGUUGAUCGUUUUGAUCGAAAGUCCGACCGACGAGACGAAACAGAAAGCGAAAGAAAGAAAUAUUGAAGUCAUUACCUUCCAGGAACUCGAAGACUUGGGGAAGGAUAACAAGAAAGAUUUUGUGCCCCCAAAGCCUGCAGAUCUUCACACUAUCUGUUUCACGAGCGGUACAACAGGAAACCCAAAGGGAGCCAUGCUCACCCAUGGAGCUAUUGUUGCCAACACUGCUGGACUGAGCUCUAUGGGAGCGGAUUCCUUCAUGAAGGUUCAGCCAAGCGAUGUUCAUCUCUCGUAUCUCCCUCUUGCUCACAUGUUUGAGAAAGUAGUUCAAGGACUUGUGUAUCAGGAUGGUGCAAGUAUCGGCUUCUUCCAAGGAGAUGUGAAGUUAUUACUGAAUGAUCUGGCGGCCCUCAAACCAACCAUAUUUCCAAUGGUACCAAGGCUGAUGAACAGAGUGUAUGAUAAGAUCAUGGCAGGAGCCGCACAAUCUAAGAUAAAGAAAUUUUUACUUGAUCGUGCCCUAAAGAGCAAGAUGAAAUUACUUAAGCAGGGAAUCGUAACAAGGUCAACAUUUUGGGAUACUUUGGUAUUCAAAAAAAUUCAAAACAUGAUGGGAGGAAGGCUAAGAUUAUGUGCAACAGGUGCGGCUCCAAUCUCUCCUGUAGUGUUGAACUUCAUGAGAUGUGCUUUGGGAAUCCCUUUCACAGAAGGUUACGGACAGACAGAGGCUACGGCAGGCAUUUCUGUCACAAUACCAGGAGAUUACGAAGGAGGAAACGUUGGGGCCCUCAUACCGAACAUUUUCGCAAAGUUAGUCGAUGUUCCCGAGAAGAAUUACUUCGCCAAAGAUAACAAAGGAGAAGUUUGUGUUAAGGGUACCAGUUUGUUCUCUGGUUACUACAAGGACGAGGAGAAGACAAAACAAGCGAUUGAUGAAGAUGGCUGGCUUCAUACUGGAGAUGUUGGACAAUUCUUACCGGACGGUCAACUGAAGAUCUUUGAUCGUAGCAAGCAUAUCUUCAAGCUGGCUCAGGGAGAAUACAUCGCACCAGAAAAGAUUGAACAGAUAUACGUGCAGUCUGCCCCAGUUGCACAGGUCUUCGUUCAUGGCGACAGUCUCAAAGCAAGUCUUGUUGUGAUUUGUGUUCCUGACCCUGAGACAGUGGAAGGCUGGUGCAAAGGUCGCGGAAUCACAGGCAAAUAUGAAGACCUUUGUAAAAAUGCUGACGCAGCAAAACUUAUCCUUGACGACAUGAAUGCAGUUGGUAAGAAGAACGGAUUGAUGUCUUUUGAACUGGCAAAAAAAAUCUAUCUCUCUACGGAACAAUUUACAGUCGAGAACGAUCUUUUGACCCCGACAUUCAAAUCAAGGCGGCCACAGUUGUUGACACGGUACCAGCCUGUGAUUGACGAGUUGUACGUUGGACUGGAUUGAGACUAUGCAGAGUCUGUACAGAGGCUAUUAUUAAAGCAUGUCUGAACUAAGACUAUAAAAAGUCUGUAUUGAGACUAUUUUAUAAUUCCAUUAAUAUUUUCAUUCUACAAAGGCACGUUUGGUGAUUUUUUUUAAUCUUUUUUUCAAAAUAUCAUGUUUAAAUUAACUAACAUCUGUAUUGCUUGUUUGGCCAUGUAUAGACCGAGCCUAAUCAGCGCAUAUUAUAUACGGACCAGACUUAAUAAUGUAUAAAUUAAUAAAUGUUUUUGGACUGAAA